CUCUCUGCGCUUGCUGACCCGCCCGUUCGGAUGAUGGACGGCCCCGCGAUGGACUACUUCCUGAUAGAGCUUGUGAGCACCAUCCGCGCAUCCUCAGCCAUCGCCGUCGCGCGUACGAAGAAGGUUGAGCAAGAGAUGAUCGAGGCGGGAUUGCUCCCUGCUCCGCUGUCCUCUGGCGCGACGCCAUCGAACAGGGAUUCUAUGGCGAGCACGAGUUCGAAGCUGGAUGGGAAAGGGCCUACGGAUGAGGAGGAGGAAGAGGCAGUGAGGCUGAGACUGGAGUCGAUUGGUAUGCACGUAGGUGCAAAUGUUGCAGAGAGGCUGUGUCACGAACGCCAGCUAUUCUCUGACACCCUGGACGCAAUCAAGUUUAUCUGCAAGGAUCUAUGGGCUGCAUGCUGGGAUAAGCAGGUGGAUAACUUGCGAACUAACCAUCGAGGAGUGUACGUACUUCAGGAUAAUUCGUUCAAGCCUAUACAGCGGAUAUCAAGCUGGGAAGGGCGUGCUGAUGCUUUGAAGAAGGCGAAGAUCUAUGCAGCAAUGCCCGCCGGGAUUAUCAGAGGAGCCCUUGCGCGACUUGGCUUCCAGGCAGUCGUUGUGCCGGAGAUUACUACGCUCCCCCAAUGU